AUGAGCUCGCCGCAGAAGAAGACUACCGCCGCAACAGAGGGUCAUCUCUCUGUUGCUCAGUACCAUGAGCGCCAGCAGGCAAAGCGCGACGCGCUCGCUGUUAAGGCCGCGUCGGGGACAACUCAGUCGGAGAUUGUCCUCGAAGGUUCCUCUGUAGUCAACGACGCCGUUGACUAUGGGAGUGACGACAUGGAAGAGGGCGAGGCCUCUUCUAGCAAGCGCAAGGAGUCUAUCGACAGCGAUAGUCUAGACCCGCAUGCCGGGUCGAGACGCCCUCGUGAAAGAGACGACUCGGACGCUUCGAGCUCGAAGCGUUCGCGCGGCGAGAGCGAAACUUCGCUCUCCGCUGCUGAGGCUUUAAGCUCCCCGCGUGAGGUGGCGUCUUCAAGUUCUCCGCGCGCUGCUCAGGCAGCGCGCGAUCCGUGGAUGCCGUCUACGUCAGAGAUCGCAGACCGUGUGGGCAACACUGUGCCUCCAAACGAAAUCCCGCUGUACGUAUGCAGCGGGAUCCACGAUGAUGCUGUGGCGGAGGAGCAGCACUUUGAUCCGUUAACGAAUCAAAGGCGCGAUUACUAUAUCGGACUCUUUCACGAGCUCCGAUACUUCUCCAGCAAGAAGACCUCUUCUCGCAGCAAAGUGCCUGAGUGGCAGGCACUUUGUCAAAGUUGGAAUGCUUUUGUUGAGAACUUCAACAAGAAGCCGGCUGCUUACCGUGAGCGGGUUAAGCACGCCCGUGAACGCUUCGAGACAUUCUCGACGCGCGGGAGGUUGGAGCAGCUCCACAGAUCUUCUGUGGACACUGGUAUUCCAUGCGCUGUGCCCGAAGGCCAACAGUGCACGUUGUAUCUUCCGGGUGCGGCGUGCUUGAGCGACCGCGACCUAAACGGGUACACGACGAUUCGUGUACCUGCGAGUCUCAAGGAUCUCCGUGCCAAGUUCUUGGCACGUGAGGAACGCGACGAUCGUGGGGCCUCGGGCGCUGUAGGUGACCACAGCGCUCGCACUACCUUCGCGUCGGCAGUGCGUGGUGAGCUUCGUACUCCCUCACCAUUUCCGGAACGUCCUGCAGCAGGGCGUCCCGUGGCUCCCAUGUAUCUUGGUGGGGCGGAAACCCUCUCCAACGAAUACGAUAACGAACCGGCUGCCGCUUCCUUUUCGGGAUACUAUGGUUCACAAUACGCUCAACAAUCCAGCGUGUUGAGCCGCGGACGUCGCGGAUCGGAGGCGUCGGUGGUGGGAACACGCCCCGCGCGUCUGUGCAGGGCACAGACGCGCGGUUCUUGGCUUUACUUCGUGUCGUUGCGGCUGACACUGUACAAGUGUCAGCGGCAUUCUGCGGCUGCUGCGUUGCAGUCGUAG